UUGAUGAAUUUUAUUUUAAUUGAUUCAUCAGCCUAAUCUCAUAAUAAUGAGGUAUUAGUUAUUAAAGGCCAAUCAGAUUUUAGGACGAUCACCUCAUCAGAGAUGUCGUCCUGGAAUAUAAUCAUAAAGAUUCAUAUUCGCUUUUCUUCAUCUGGCUUUAAUAGGGUUUAGUUAAUCUAAACCCUACUGAUGAAUACUUUCCUAAACCACUGACUUAAAACUUUAACUUCGAUGUGAAGUGUUGCUCACAUGAAGUAUACGCUCUUGUUUGUAAAAAAGACAUCAAACAAAAAUGUAAACAAACUUUCUCUGUGAAAAAAUAAAUAAAAAAAUGGAGAAAAUGAAUCAGGAAGCGUUUGCAUAUAGCCCCAGUUGUUGAGCACUGUGAUAUCUUACCAUAGUGAUGAUGAAUCAGGAAGUGGAAUCUACAGACUACGAACUGGACAUAAAUCCAGAGCUCCUCUGUCGUUUGUGCUUAAAUCAAGAUCAGCCACUCAGGAGUUUCUUCUGCAGUGAAAUAAUCGACGGGAAGGUUGUUAAUCUUCCUGCAGCUGCUUCUCACGUCCUGGACAUUGAAAUAAACCGGAAGGAUCACUUUCCGGAUAAAAUUUGUAUUGCCUGCAGGAGGAAAGUUCAGGAAUUUUAUGUCUUCAAGCGGAAAUGCAGGGAGAACAAUGAGUUGCUGAAGAAACUCUUUGAACGAAACCUUCAGGAUGUCCAGGACAGCGUGGCUGGAUCCCAGUGUUCUAAUGACAAUGGCGAGAAGACAAGAGAAUACAUUGAGCGUCAAGUUGUGAAAGCAGAGACACUGGAUGCUGAGAGUUUGCAGGGUGAAGAGAUGGAGGAAGAUGAUGCUGAAGAGGGAAAAGAUGAAAAUGUUGAGGAAGUAACAGUACAAUGUCCAGAUUGUGGAGGUUUUGUGAUUGCGUCACAACAACACAUCCACCGAUUAGUCUGUUCUACCCACAUUGAAUGCGAUUACUGCAGUGAUGAUUUCUUCGUAGAUGAAGAUGAUCUGAAACAGCACAUCGCGGAAGUUCACACUGAAGAAGUUCCGGAAGUUCUGUCGCAGGAACAAAAUAAUCGUGAUGAAGAGGAUGUGCCUAAGAAUAAGGAAGAAGACUCAAAUCGUCUGCUGGAAGGACAAGAGUCUCCACUAAGGGAUCAGAAGUGGCAUUGCUACCUGUGUCAGCUGCAAUUCCACGAUUCAUUUCAAUUUGAGCGCCAUGAGGAUUUCCAUCGGAAAACCUUCCCGCAGGUGAUCUCCAACAUCCCAAUGUUCAGAUGUGCAAAUUGCUGUUCAAUCUUUCUGGAUAUUGAUGACUUCCAGGAGCACAUGGUGACAAAGUGUACGAAUACCCUCCCUGUUCCGGAGGAGAUUUUCUACACUGACACAAAGUACCUGGAUCUCUGUGGAUUUGAUGAUGAUGCUCCAACACUGCGGAAGAUUGUUUCAAUUGAAAGACAAGCAGAUGGAACAACUUCCUGCACUCACUGUGGCUUUAUCAGCUCGGAUUUGCAUUUGCAGCUCCAGCACGCCAAGGAGGAGCACAAUGAUGCUGCAGAUGUGGAUGAGACCCCGCACGAGUGUGGGCUAUGCUUGGAUGUGAUGCCCAAUCAGAGAUCUGUGCGGCAGCAUCUCUACCUCGAUCACUGCAAGAGCUUCGAGUGCUUCAUCUCAAAUUGCGACCGUAGCUACCAAACCUACAGCAAAUUGUUCCAGCAUCAGCUACGCUUCCACAGUCAAAAUCACGCCAUGGAGUGUACGCACUGCUUUGCAAUCUUCCUCACAAACACCGACCUUGUAGCUCACAUAAGGAAUGAUUGUCCUGGCCGAAAGUACAAAUGCACCACGUGCGAGAAGAAAUUCCUCACGCUACAGGGAAAGAAGCAACACGAACUGAUCCACAGACAAAUCAAGGAGCAUAAAUGUGAUCUCUGCAGCAGGUGCUUUGCCACACGAAUUGAGCUAACUGUCCACAAUAGACUGCAUACGGGGGAGAAGCCCUAUUCAUGCAGUCUCUGCAGCAAGACCUUCCGGACGCUGAGCAACAAGAGGGAUCACAUGUCCACGCAUACCAAUGAGAGGAACUACAGAUGCGACAUUUGCAUGACUUUCUUCAAAUCCGAGAGAACCCUCCGGGGACACACAAAGAUCCACCAGGAUGAAAAGAGUCACAAAUGCACCGAAUGUGGGAAGAAAUUCAGGAGGAAACAGCAUCUGGCUGCUCAUGUUCAGAUCCACAUGAAGAAAUAAAAUUCAAUUGCUUUGAUUUUGA